AUUUCAGUACCAAGAGCGGUAACCCUGAGCUACACUCGGGCUUACCAUGUGGCGCUGCAUAGGGAGUCCCUGCUGUGCUUACCUUGUCCUUCGCUCCCGCAAUGUGUCCCCUGCAGCGUCCCCGGCCAUCUCCUCCGGCCGAUGCCGACAUCCGGCUUCCGUGUUCCGGUCCCUGUGACGUUGGGACGUUACGGGCGCCGGAACCGGUGGCAAAUUUGAAAUUUUUAAAAAAAUUUCAUUUUUUAAAAAAAUGGUUAUUAUAUAUAUGCUUUGUCCGGCGCCCUGCCUGCAUUUUAGAUCUGUUCUUUCUG